UAGAAACAAUUCAUGAAUUAACUCCUUCAGGACGUAUUAAACGGCCUUCGUAUUCACUUCUUGUUCAGUGGGUAGGAACUGCAUGGGAUUCACUUGAACCAGAUUUAAUUAGACGCUCGUUUAGUUGUUGUGGAAUUUAA